AUGAUAGGGCUGCAAAAGACAACCGACAAUGCCGAAGGGGCGGUGGAAGAUGUGUGUGCAAAGUUCACGGCGCAAUGCAAAGGAUGGACAGAGUCCCACGGCUGGCUGGGUCUUGGUGCUAGGCGAAGCAACCCUCUGAAGAGGAGUGCAGCCGACUCAGGCGAUUCAAUGCCUCCCCGGCCUCCCCCAACCCAGUACCCAGUGCUGUUUGGCUGGGCCGCGUCCCAUGAUUUGAUGGCCUUAGCUGGGAUCCAGGCCAAGUGCAGCACCCUGCGUGCCUUGGUGGAUGCGGAUGAGGUGGACCGCGAGGCCUUGGACGAGGAGGUCCAUGGCCUGGACUUCCUGGUGCACUCGGCGCGGCGGAUCUGUCGCGGCGCCGAACCCAUUGAACCGCGCAAUGCCAAUCGCCUGCGGCACCAUGUGUCGCAGUUGGUGGCUGGCAUUGAGCGGUUACAGCAUUUGGACCUGAGAUACCCAGCCGCGGUGGACCAGGAAUUGAAAUCAACCGCUGCGUGCGUACGUCACAUCCACUCGCAUGCGGAGCGUGCGACCUUUCGGCGCUGGCACCCUCCGCAACGGGAGGUGAGGCCCUUGCCCACCGUGGAGGAGGGCGAGGCCAGUCGAGACUCCUUGCCGAGUCCUGUGCCUUUCGGCAUGAUCCUGGCUGUUGUGGUGGAUAGUGGCGUGGAUGGGAUGCUCAUCGGCCUGGCGGGAUCCGUGGCGCGUGGAAGUGGAUUUCUCAUGGCCAUUGCCACGGCGAUCGAGAUGGGCUUUUUGGGCUACUCCUUUGCCUGCUCGUUGACCAAGGCCCUUCGACGCCCUUGGGUGGCAGUGGUGAUUCUAUCGGCGCCUCCACUUACCAUGAUGUUGACCUCCAUCUUGGCCUUUCAGGGUGCUUAUGAGGCGAAAUCCACUCCAGUGUUCUGCGGGCUCAUUGCCUUUGCGAUGGCUGCGCUUCUGUUCCUGGUGUUGGAGGAGCUUCUGUUGGAGGCGCAUGAAAAGGAAGAAAGCGAGGGCUGGACAGUUUCUGUUUGGCUAUACAUUGGUUUAUUGCUCAGCAUUGGCUUUGACGUGCUCCUCUGA